UGAGUUUUGUUUUUGUAAAGCAAAUAUCACGGCACUUGUUUUUGGAUGUUAUCAUUUCGAUUUCACAGUUUUUGAAAAGGAUUAUUCUUGUCGUGUUAGGUGUCGGCUGUGUUAUUGUUUUUUUUAAGGAUUGAUCUAAAAAUAGCUUUUACACCGACUGAAUGCCAUUGUUUAUCUUAAGCCUCCUGGAUUGCUUCAGGGAUGAUGUUAAAGACAGCAUCAAAACACUUCCCCAACUUUUAGGACAACAUCAGAUGCCUAGGUCUGCAAUGGAGAGCUCCAAGUGUUGAUCUCGGAAAUUAGGAAAUUCUCGACCUGUAGAAUGCUCUCUUUAAGAUUAAAAAUGAAAUGAGAUGCUCUAUGACCUUUUUAUGUUUCUGGCAAAGAUUAAAACAUCCGUUGUUAAAAACAGAUAAACUUUAGACAAUUUGAAUAAAAUAAUAGAUCAUUAAGUUAGGAGAAAAAAAAAGCUAGUGGAAAUGAAGGACUCACUUUGUAACGUAAGCCCGAGACUGACGUGCUCACUUCCAGACUUGAACAAAAAUCUCAAAAUCAUUUUGUGUACCAAAUGUAAGACGCUCCUUAAUCCGUCGUCUGCUUCUGUGAUGAACUCGUCAAGGUCAUUGCCGUCCAAUCCUUUGACCUACGUCCUAGGAAACCUCUGCGCGGAGAUCCCCUGCUGCCCCAACUUCACCAACACCGAGAGCUCCAUUCAUCAGCAACGCUUCAUUCUGGAAACCUCAAAGAACCUCAUCAAGAUUGGCACAUGGCCCAACACGGUAGGGGACCAGCCCGACCCUACGCCUCACGCCGUGGUAAAGACCGGCUCUUCGACAUCGCAUGAACUGAACCUCGUAUCGUGGAAGACCCUGGCUGAUCAGACCUACUUGAUGGUGGACUCUGACACGUCUGGCAUUAUGGUCAACGACUCGGUGAGCAUCGACCAAAAGGCCAGCUUGCCAGGGGUGAAAAAGUUUGUCUCUUUCGAUUUCAACAUCGUCCACAUAGACCCGGAGGAGAAAGUCACGGAAAAAUUUCUUAUGUACAAAAACAACGCCAGGUCCGACAGCAACAACAAUCUGAAGCACGCACAGGUUUUCUACAUGCCCCUGAAGAUGUACGGAAUCCGUGAUUCGGCCGCUGACAACCCUUCCUCUGAAAAAUGCAGCAUAUACCAACCAGCCAGAUGCCCCUCUUCUUUGUGUCUUAGCGACAACUUACCGAGCGCGAGUGGAUUCGAACAGAAGCCUACUACAUACCAGGUUUCGCCUAAAAAGUCCGUGGAAUGUUUCAAUAAAAACCUGCCAACCACAGCGAAAUUUUGCACCAAAGAUCAAGCAGGCUGCAAAGCUGCACAACUUCCAGCGACCAAUGCUCCAAUUUUGAGAAAAUCGGAACAGAAAUCCUCAUUAGAAAGCAAAUUAACUAAGCUCCAGCGAAUCAGUUUUAAAUUCAUGCACUAAUGUCAAAGUGAGAUAAAGGUAAAAAGUUCAAACCCACCAAUCUCCUGAAACUAAUGCAUACCCCUGAGACUGUGGGGAACAUUGUUCUGUAGGUUCUUCAGCCUGAUGCCCUUCCUCCUAGGGUUUAAGUGACUGUCUCUCAAUAACGCCGAGGUCUGAAUAGAUGUCUCCCAGUUUAAAAUUCGUGCACUGCUGUCAAGAUGUUACCAAUUUAAAAGGAUACCUAGCCAGUUCAAACCCACCAAUCUCCUGAAACUAAUGCAUACCCCUGAGACUGUGUAGAACAUUGUUCUUCAGAUCCUUCAGCCUGAUUCCCUUCCCCCUAGUCUUUUAGAUGACUCUCAAUUGCGUUGGGAUCUCAACAGUUCAUUGUUCUGCUAUAGGCCCAUGAAAAAAAAAAUUUAACCAAACAGCUACAGUUAAGGUUGUUAGCAAAGCCACUGCGAAUUAAAGACCGACCAAUGUUUAAAAAAUAUAACAAAAAAUCGUUAAAAAAAAAUAACAUCUUUAGUGUGGAAUGAGUAAACAGAAAGGAACUAGAGGCGAGAAAAACUUAUCUUCACAAGUUUCUAAAUGUUUGAUGGAAUGUUCAAUAAAAAUACUUACUAUUUUA